AAAAGCACAUGCAGAGGGGAGCUGGGGCAACACAUGAACAGCAGAGAGCUGUCAAGCUGCGAGGAGGCAGCGGAGAGACGCCUCAGCCUUUUCUUGGAAUACAUUCUCCUCUUCAUCUCUGAAGCCCACACGCGCAUGUAAACUCACAAACACACAGACGGGGAGUGGGUGACGCUCGCAGAAGAAGGAGGGAAUUAUUUUAUGGAUCUGGAUGGAGGAGAGGCGAACACACUUGGACUGUUAAAAGACUGUUUUGGAUUUAGUGUCUUAGAGACUUCAACUCCUCACGGAUUCAAACUUUCUUUUAUUUUGCGAGGUGUGUCAGUGGUUUUAGAGUGCAGCACUUGGUUCGGGAAGGAGACUCUGGAGCUGAGUGAGUUGUCUGAAUCUGCCAGGUUACUGCUCAGUGUGCAUGAUGAGGAGGAAGAUGUGUUGGCUGCUGACAGCGGUCCUGCUGGCCCACCUUGGAGGCGCUCUGACGGGAGCGUGGCGAGCAGCUCAACCAAGGCUGCAGUUUACACACUCCGAGCUCAUUCAAAAUGGCCGUCUGCUGACGCUGCCUUUGGAAGCAGGAGACCUCCACUCCCUGCUGCCUGAUGAAGACAGGAGGCGUCUAUACGUGGCCAUGAAAGAUAAUCUUCUCUCUACGAGUCUGGAUGACAUCACACAGAACCCGCGGAAGCUUUUCUGGCCAGCCAGUCCGGACCGGGUCCAAGAAUGUCUCAUGGCUGGGAAGGAUUCAGAGCUGGAUUGUGCGAACUUCCUGCGAGUUCUGCAGCCUUUUAAUCAGACGCACCUGUACGUGUGUGGCACCGGGGCCUUCAAUCCCCGCUGUGCUUUCAUUGCUACCAGCAUCUUCCACCAGGCAGAGUACCAAACUCUCUCCUACAGCCAGACAGAGUGUGGGAAAGGGAAAUGCCCCUACGACCCGUUCCAGAAAACGGCUUCUGCAGUUGUUGAUGGAGAGUUAUACGCCGGCAUCACUUCAGACUUCAUGAGUCGAGACUCCGCUUUCUUUCGGAGCCUCGGCAGGCGACACGUCAUCCGUACAGAGCAGUACGAUUCCACCUGGCUGCAGGAUGCCCAGUUUGUGCGGGUAGCGCCACUGUCUGAAACUGAUAACCCAGAGGACGAUAAAGUUUACGUGUUCUUCACUGAGCGUGCCCAGGAGGCAGAGGGGGCGGCUGGGAAGGUUCUCUACUCCAGAGUGGCACGAGUUUGCAAGAAUGACAUCGGAGGUCAGAGGAGUUUAGUGAAUAAGUGGAGCACCUUCCAGAAGGCCCGGAUGGUGUGUUCAGUUCCAGGACCAGACGGCCUGCAGACACAUUUCGACCAGCUGCAGGACAUCUUUAUUCUUCAUGGGAAAGACAAGAAGAAUCCUCUCAUCUACGGCCUGUUCACAACUUCAAGUGACAUCCUGAACGGUUCGGCGGUGUGCGUUUAUCGAAUGGAGGACGUGGUUCGAGCCUUUAAGGGCAACUUUCUGCAUAAAGAGGGGCCCCAGUACAAAUGGGCCGAGUUCACAGGAAAAGUGCCUUAUCCACGGCCGGGAACUUGUCCCAGCAGCACUUAUGGAAGCUACAGCUCAACCAGAGAAUAUCCUGACGACGUAAUUUUCUUCAGCAGGACUCAUCCGCUGCUGCAGGAACAUGUGCUGCCUCUGGGAGAGCGCCCACUGUUGGUGAGAGUGGGUGUUCACUACAAGUUUAGCAAGCUGCUGGUGGACCGGGUGGAGGCUGUGGACGGCACGUAUGACGUCCUGUUCAUCGGCACAGAUUCAGGACUUGUGCUAAAGGCUAUCCAUCUGCCAAGAGAGCAUGGUCAGAGUCAGGAGGUCACUCUGGAGCAGCUGCAGGUUUUUCAGCACAAAUCACCCGUGACGGCGAUGGCGUUGUCAAAGAAAAAGUGGCUGUUUGUGGGCUCCAGGGAGGGUGUGUCUCAGCUGGCCCUGUACCAGUGUGAACUGUACGGCCAGGCCUGCGCGGAAUGCUGCUUGGCCCGGGAUCCGUACUGCACCUGGGACGGACAUGCCUGCAGUCCAUAUAUGCCCACCGUGCGCCGGAGAAAUGCUCGUCAUUUAGGGGAGGAGGAGGAUCCACUAACUCAGUGCGUCCGACAGGGAGCUGGGCUGCAGGUGGAGGCGGAGCAGAGGGUCAUGAUGGUUGCCGAGGGUAACAGCACCUACCUGGAGUGUCUGCCUCGGUCCAGACACGCUGCCGUUACCUGGUACAAACAAGCUGGAGAGAAUAGCGCCGAACUAAACCAGGUGAUGACAGGUGACCAGCUGGUGGUGAUAGAGCGCGGCGUCCUGAUUCGGCGAGCUGAGCUCUCUCACGGUGGCGUCUACCACUGCCAGGUGGAGGAGCACGGCUAUCACUGGACCGCAGUCACCGUCCGCCUCGCUGUCUGGAGCCCGUCUGCCAAUCGCGUCCUCUCCUCCUGGGCUGGUUCGUCCUAUCAGAGCGCAGGAACCCAGCCCUGGUACGAGGAUGUGAUGGCCCUGAUUCACCCCGGAAACCUGGGCGAGCACUGCAAGGCCCUGGGUUACCGUCCGCCGCGCAGCCAGCGCCGUCGCGGGGACUUCAUGAUUCCGCCACAUAAGGAGAAAGAGAGGGCUGAGAAGCACAAGCACGGUGGAGGAAGAGGAGGAGAUGAAGGAGGAGGAGGGGGAGGACGCGCCGUGGGACGGAAGAGCAGGAGCAAGCCUCAACAGAGGGCACCGAGGAGCGCCUGAGCGCACAACAUCACUGACUGAGACACACACACUUUGUGUAACCCUAACAUGCACACACUUAACUUAUACUUUAGGACCCACUCAUACUGUAUGUACAGAGACUACGUCAUGCGCAUGCACUUAUCUAAAAUGAAAACGGCAUCCUCUCAUCUUAGUGGCAAGUAGUCAAACUCCACAUAAUCAUCUGAACUUUGUACAGGACGGCUUGGACAGCGGCGGACCGCUUUGCUCGCACAAAUGACUUUGUGAAUAAACGUGCAAAAGUAGAUUAGCUUAAGUUGCUUAGCAUGCCGAAUGAAGAACGAACAGCACAGCCAGAUCACUCUGUGCUGUGAUGAGGACAUUUAAGUGGAUAUUUUUCAGGUUGAGGAAGCAUUUUUCCACAAGCUAAAAUUUAACAUUUUAAACACAUGUUGCCCUACUGAAAGGAUGUUGAGCCUAAAGGAAAACCUUUGAGCUUUGUAUGUUCUUCCCACUUAAUUACCAAAUGCAUAUCCAGUUACUAACUUAACAGGCAAAAAUAAGCUUCCUGUUGUCUCAGUCAUCUUUCAGAAGAGCAAAACGAGUAGGAGAGUGGAAAGAAAUUUGGGUUGGAGGAAGAAUUUUCUUAAUGUGUUUUGUGCCCAGUUUUGGACCGUUGCCCCGCUUGUGAUGAUUGAGAAUUGGGGAUCAUUAGGAAUACAGCAACUUGUUUUGCAGCGAUGGAACGGGUCAAACCAAAACAAGGGAAAACGCAUGUAGACUGUGCUGAAAAGAACUUGGAUGUUGUUACCAAGGCAUCAAAUGGAGAAAUAAUCAACAGUCAGAUGAAAAUUGGGCCAAAAAUGUAAAUAAAAUGACACGAUCAAAUUACAGCAGAAAAGCCACAACUAUUCUUGCUGCUGCUACAUUAUUAUUAAGCAAUAAUUAUUACAGUUAUAAUAAUGUAAUGAUAACAUUUAUCAAUUAUUUUGUUGCACAUAUUUGAACAGAAAUAUGGAAUAAACACAUGUUAAAUUUAGCAGUAGUAUUCAAGUGUUAAUUGUAGUUCAGAGCUGUGUGUGAACUUCUGAAGCAGUGCUACCUUAAUAGGAGCAAUGGGUGGCGCUUCUUUAGUUUUACACACCAUGGCCUGAAAUAUUUCCAAACAGUCAACUUUGACCAGCAAUGUGCAGCAACAUGUGGGGGAGGGGCAUCUACUACACUUCCCCUGGCAUCUCAUGAACAGGCUCUGGCCUUUCUGUGGUUUUUGAAUUGUAGCUUUUGAACAUUUUGGUAUUCUUUGAAAGCGAACCGACCCUAAUCAGCAGUGAUUGCUAAUUAAAGACAUUCAAAACUUUCCGGACAGAAACUUAACACGGUAAUAAUGUCCAGAAACAAAUUAAACUAGCUUUCAAUUGGGAAUAAAUAAGACAGCUGUUCUAUAAAAAAAAACAACAGGUUGACAACAAUCAACCGCAGUAGAUUCACAAACUAUUCAUCAACAGCGAGACGUUUGUUAGUUUGUUCAGAAAGGAGCGGUUCCACCUUAAGAUUAUGUACUGUGACCACUGAGAUGAAAAGCAGAGAAGAGUGCAACAAUCUUUCGAUGGUUGACUUUCCCAGGACGUCGGUGCGGCGUGCUGCAGCUGUGCCAACCACUACAAAAAGAGGUUGCCAUUGUGUUUGCCGCAGUGCUUGGCGCUGUGACGUUAACCCAGGUUCAGAAGCAGUCCUGCUGCUAAUUUUGUGCCAUGUGGGGGACAGAGUGAACAAAACAAAACAAGUACAAUUCUACUUUUAGCUUGGAAUCCGCAUAUUUGCAUAGAUCUGGAGAAUCUGUUGAAAUUUUAAAAAAGUAAUAAGAAAUAAAGGGUUUUCCAUGCAGAUGUGAAUGUGGUUUGAAUGGCUUCAACAGGGGUCAUAAACAGAACAUUCACUGCUUGGUUUAUCGUUUGGUGUUCAAAUCGGAUGAGACCUGCACGGUUUUGAACUCUUUAUCAUUUAAAGAUGACAUUUAACUGUUCUGUAAUUUGAACUGUGUUUCUUCUCAGUAUGUUGAGCUUUGUAAAAUAUGCUUUCAAAAGAUUUUCCACUUGUGUUUGAUCAAAUAAAAAAAACAAACAAAAAAAAAAACCAAGAAAACACAAGCUGACGAGGCCCUAACAGGCAGAGGACUCUGUACAUAACAUGCAUGUUUCUCAACCGUCAGACUGCAGGUGACUUUGUGUGACAGCUGGUUCUGCAGCUCCAGCCUAUAAUGUCGUCUUACUGCAAGUGGUGAAAAAGGCUCAGUGUGUGAUGAAGACGUUUCAGCUGUGCUACCUGAAUGCUGGAGGCAGGGCUCGACGGGAAUAUUUUCUGCUGGACUUUGUCUCGUCAGAUGACAGUGACUUUUCAAAACAGUGAAAUGUGACUUAUUAUGUGCUACAUGUUAAACAGAGCUUCUUCCAUCACCUGUUUGAUUUUAUUCUUUCUUGUAUUUAUUAGUCUGACUUUGAGUAAAGCAUCCUGGUUAGUAAAAGCUCACCACCAAGCCAUAAAGCCCCCACUGUAUUUCUUUUUUUACAUGUGAACAUCUUUGCUUGCUUUUAUAUGUAUAUCUGGUGUCCAGUUGUUACCAUUUCCCCUGUUUAAAUACCUUCCAGCUGCGUCUUUAUUUGUAUUAUUUUGAUAACGUCUUAGGGAAACCUUCCCAAUCUCUUGGUAUUUAAAAGUUGAUCUGUUUCAAGUUGAGGCAGCAAGAACUAAAGAAGUAUUUAAAACAU